AUGAGGAUUUGUGCACACACCGUCUUCUUUGCUUGCAUUGCGUUCGCAAAUGCGGGUAUUUUGCUCCAACACGCGCCAGCCUGUCCCGAGCAUUACGGCGUUCAGGCGUACGCGCACCCAGAACUCUGUGAUCAAUUCUUCCUUUGUACAAACGGCACUCUAACUGUGGAAACUUGUGAAAAUGGUCUUCUGUUUGACGGGAAAGGCGCUGUACACAACCACUGCAAUUACCAUUGGGCUGUUGCUUGUGGCGAAAGAAAAGCAGACUUGACUCCAUACUCCACGCCUGGAUGUGAAUACCAAUUCGGAAUCUACCCAGACAGCGCCGAGUGCUCCACCAGCUACGUGAAGUGUGCCUUCGGAAUCCCCCAGCAAGAACCUUGCACACCUGGUCUGGUCUACGACGAGAGGAUCCACGGUUGCAACUGGCCAGACCUUUUACAACCGUUCUGUAACCCUGAAGCUGUCGUAGGUUUCAAGUGCCCCACUAAAGUGCCAGCUAACACCCAAUCAGCCAAAUUCUGGCCUUACCCUCGUUUCCCUGUACCCGGAGACUGCCACAGGUUAAUCACUUGUGUAGAAGGAAACCCUCGUCUUAUCACAUGCGAAGAAGGCAAAGUCUUUGAUGACCAGAACCUGACCUGCGAAGACCCAGAACUAGUACCCCAUUGUGGUCACGCGUAA